AUGACGCCUCUUAUCGGAAUUGAAGAGCAUUUCUUUUCGCCCCUCGCUCCUGAGCGACGGGGUAUAUACGUUCGCCCUAACCCCCAAGAAUACGGUCCUAUUAUACCAAAGAAGCUCGCCGACAUUGGUCCAGCUCGACUUCAAGACAUGGCCAGUGCAUCCGUCGCUAUGACAGUCCUUUCUCAUCUGCAGGUGAUUCCUGAGCCGGAAGCCUGCACAUCUAUCAACGAUGAUACCUACUCCAAAAUCGUCCAGCAUCUGGACCGCUACGCUGCCUUUGCGCUUUUGCCCCUUAACGACCCUGCCAAGGCGGCAACUGAACUACGCCGAUGCGUGCAGGAUCUGGGGUUUGUAGGCGCGUUGACGCCAAACCACCUUGACGAUGGAAGUUUCUUUGAUUCGCCGCGGUUCUAUCCGUUAUGGGAAGCGGCUCAGGAGCUAGAUGUGCCAAUCUAUAUUCACCCAACCUUUUCACCCGAGGCCGAGACGGAAGUCAACUUCAAAGGACCUUAUGACGCCAAAUUUGAAAAGGCCAUAGGGUUAGGUUGCUGGGGCUGGCAUUCCCGUAUGGGCGUCCACAUCCUCCGUCUGUAUGCGGCCGGCAUAUUCGACAAAUUCCCCAAGGUCAAGAUUAUCAUCGGACAUAUGGGUGAGAUGUUACCUUUCAUGCUUGACCGCAUCAUCAGGUUGUGGCCUGCCUCCGAGACACCUAGGCGCGGGCUGAGAGAGGUGUGGGAUGGGAAUAUUUGGAUUACGACAAGCGGGAUGUUUUCGCUUGCGCCGAUGGCCUGUCUGCUGCAGGAGACCAAGAUCGAGAGAAUCUUGUUCAGCUGCGACUAUCCGUUUGCUGAGUACGGGGUGGCAAGGGAGUUUAUGGAGCGCUUGAAGGCGAGUGGGCUUGUUGGUGACGAAGAUUGGGAGAAGAUUGCGUGGAAGAACUCGAAGGAGCUCUUGAGAUUGAAGUUCGAGGUAAAGGAGUAA